GCAAUUAUAUAGGAGUAUUUGGCUUGAUUGGUCGAGCGUCUCUCCUUAUUUAUUUGGUGAAUUGUGGUGUGACACCUAGCUAGAUGGCGGAACUGUCGCUUAGCUGACAGUUCGAGAAGCAAAUGUAGUCAGCAUCUGCUGAGUCACGGUGGUGCCUGGAGUCCGUAUAAAGGGUUUCAGUCUUAAUUCUUAAAAGCAGUCUCACAACACCAUGAGCUCAAUAUGGUCAAACUGCUUUUCCAUGGUAUGGACCUGCCUGGCCUUGAAUAGUCUGGCCCUUCCGUUAGUCUUUAUGGAUGUCCAUCCAUGUCUUGCCGGUAGCUUCUGCUUCUCCCACUGGAGCAACCUAAUUUAGUUAUCUAGCAAACCAUGUUCAGACUCCAAGUAGAUUCAUUUCUGCGUUGAUUCAUCAUAUGAUUCGAGGAGUUUGGUGCUGAAUUGUUUUUCACUUGCUGACUUGUGAGGCGAAGGUGGUUUUUGUUGAUAUGUCUAUAUGAGGGUUGCUCGAACGUGUUAGGUCAGGUACCUGAAAGUGUCAUGGUAGUGCCCAACAUUUGCAGCCUAUGCAAACGCAGAAAACCGUGUAAAUUUGCUCUUGUACCAUAAUUUUGAACUAGAAAUACAAGUUUGUUAGUACUAUGUACCAAAAGAGAAGGAAUAACCAGCCCAAGGGCCAGGUUGGAAGUCUAGGUACCAGGACAAGGUAAUAUGUCAGCGUGCUGAGUUCCUGUGUUCAAUUUCCAUGCAAAUGAUUUCCAGGUUUGAUGAGAAAAUGGCAAGUACCCUGUGAAUUUAUUGCUUCGUCAUCUGCUUUGCUUUUCCUGCCGUCGAUAAUUCAUGUUAUGCAGUUUUCGCCAUGCCUUACGAAGAGCUCAAAUAUGAAUUGCAUGCUUCUUUCAUAUAUACAUAUAUAUGAACUGAAACUUCUGUCCAUACCUUCAAAUUUAUGUUUUGAAGUCAUACUUCAAGAAAAAGUCUAGAAAUAAUGUAUCACGGUGAUAAAUUAGUAUUCAUACACGGUGUAUAUUUUAUUUUACCCUGCUGAGAUCCCUGCAUUUGAUCUGUCUACUACCCUGUUAACAGAAAACAAUGAUCUUAUUCUAUCUGCUUCUAAAUUGAAAAAAGGGUGAUCACUUUCCCAUGGCUUUUGCAUUUAGAAAAACAUUAUAUGAGAAUUUAUCAGCUGAUGGGUUAUUUCUAGCUGUCGUAAAUCUCCAAAAUAAUGUGUCCAUUGGCACUGAAGAAGGCACCAAAUAGUAGGUAUAAUCUAUCUGUUAGACUAUGCUAAAUUGCUCAUCAGUGCUAGGGCACUUCUGCUUUUCUUAUCUUUUAUCAAUUUGCAUGAAGCACGUGCAGCACUUUGUUGUGGUCUACCUGAAAUGCAAAAUUGUUAUAGUGGGGGUCCAUACAUGUCAAGCCUACUUGCGAGAAACCCUUCCACUAACUGUUCCCCCACGUUCUUCACGAGUGUAUACAUAUGAGCAAGCAUUUUUCAGUAACAUCUUUCCAUGUUCUUCAUGAAUCACGAUUACCUCUGAAACACCACUUCUCCGAUAUUUGUUGUUAAAUAUGAUGACUAGUCUAUUCGAAUGGCUCGUUUUUACCUAGAAGUGUCUAAAUCAAUUGCAAUCAGAUUGCUCAAAAUUUAGUGGCAUGUCUGCUGUAUGACUUUAGAGAUCACCAUAUGUAUUUCAUCUUGCUCUCUAUUUGCUGUUGAGCUUACACAGUUCAGACUAAGGAGCUUCAACGUUACUCAUAUUUCUUGAAGUGUUUGCUAUAAACAACAAUCUUAUACAUAUUAGCUCAAAAUAUAGCAUGAUCACCUUCUUUCUGAAAUAUUGUUCACAUUCUAGUGUGAAACCUGAGAUGGUGCUAUCACUGAUUAUGAGAAUACAGAAGUCUAUUGAAUACUACCUGCAUAAUAGGAAGCACAUAUGUCCUGCAUAUGCUAAUUCUGCUUGAGGUGUAUGAAGCGGCUUAGUUAUGUGGGUGCAACAUGGAAAUCAAGCAUUUUCAAACGUAGGGCUGAGUGGUUGCUGCUAUCUUGCAUAACAGAACAAUUGUUGCAUAAGUUGAUGACGGGGAACAUGUAAAUUAUAAAUAUGAGAUUGGCAUACUAGCUGUAAUCCACAUUGUUCAGUAGUGCAUGAUCCACUUGCUACUCCACUAACUAAGAUUGCGAAAAGACUGCAGUAAUUGGAGGAUAGCACAAGCACAGAGACCCUAUAUAAUGAACAAUACGCUUACAGGAUUGCCACAAUUAGAACUGUUCUUCACAACUCUUUCUAGGAACAUGACAGCAUCAGAAAUAGCUGCUCUUUUCUUUCUAUUCAGUGCUUUACUGAGAAGUUCUUUGGUCCUUAGCCAGGGACUGCAGAGAGGAUUCUACGACUCCAACUGUCCUGAUGCCGAGGAUAUAGUGAGGUCUACUGUCAAAAAGUACUACAACAAUGAUGCCACCAUUGCCCCAGGCUUGCUCAGGCUACACUUCCAUGACUGUUUUGUCCAAGGAUGUGAUGCUUCUGUUUUGAUUUCUGGAGCAUCAUCUGAAAGGACUGCCCCACAGAAUUUUGGUCUCAGGGGAUUUGAAGUGAUAGACGAUGCCAAGUCCCAGUUGGAGGCCACCUGCCCUGGGGUGGUAUCUUGUGCUGAUAUAUUGGCCCUCGCCGCUCGUGAUUCGGUUGAUCUGACUGGUGGGCCAAGCUGGUCAGUACCUCUGGGACGAAGAGACGGAAGAAUUUCAUCAGCAGCGGAUGCCAAGGCCUUACCAUCUCCCGCCGAUCCUGUAUCCGUUCAGCGGCAAAAGUUUGCCGAUCAAGGCUUAAGUGACCACGAUCUCGUAACGCUAGUCGGUGCUCACACCAUCGGGCAGACUGACUGUGCGCUCUUCCGGUACCGCCUGUUCAACUUCACGGCGACGGGCAACGCGGACCCGACGAUCAGCCCGGCGUUCCUGCCGCAGCUGCGGGCACUGUGCCCGCCCAACGGCGACCCCUCGCGGCGGGUGGCGCUGGACAAGGACAGCACGGGCACGUUCGACGCGAGCUUCUUCAAGAACGUGAGGGACGGCAACGCCGUGCUGGAGUCGGACCAGAGGCUGUGGAGCGACGACGCCACGCAGGGCCUCGUGCAGAAGUACGCCGGCAACGUCCGCGGCCUGUUCGGGCUCCGGUUCGCCUAUGAUUUCCCCAAGGCCAUGGUGAGCAUGAGCAGCGUCGCCGUGAAGACCGGCAGGCAGGGCGAGAUAAGGAGGAAGUGCUCCAGGGUUAACUGAUGUCUGAUGAUUAGGAGGGGGGAGGGGGUCGAUACUUGUAGCCUGGCUUGGUAAAAAAAAAAAGCAUCCCGUAUCAUACAGUACCACUUCCUUAUUUUCUUUGUGUCAAGGCUGUUAUUCCAGAAUCGAGUGCUUAAGAUGCACUGUGAAUUUCUGAAACUGCAGCGUUUAAGAUGCGUUAUGAAUUUGCGAGAGUGCAGCAAUGAAGUUGUAGAAUCGAACGGUACACACGCAUGAGUUAGAUAAUUAAGUUUCGGAGGAUUAAGCGCUCAA